AACCCCAUCCCGGUCAAGCAGAACUGCUUCACCGUCAACCGCUCGCUCUUCGUCUUCAGCGAGGACAACGUCGUCCGCAAAUACGCCAAGCGCAUCACUGAGUGGCCUCCAUUUGAAUACAUGAUCCUGGCCACCAUCAUCGCCAACUGUAUUGUGCUGGCACUGGAGCAGCACCUUCCUGAUGGGGACAAGACACCCAUGUCCGAGCGCCUGGAUGACACGGAGCCCUACUUCAUUGGCAUCUUUUGCUUUGAGGCGGGGAUCAAGAUCAUCGCUCUGGGCUUUGUCUUCCACAAGGGCUCCUACCUGCGGAAUGGCUGGAACGUCAUGGACUUUGUGGUGGUUCUCACAGGGAUCCUGGCCACCGCUGGCACCGACUUCGAUCUGCGGACCCUGCGGGCUGUGCGCGUGCUCAGGCCCUUGAAGCUGGUGUCUGGGAUUCCGAGUCUGCAGGUGGUGCUCAAGUCCAUAAUGAAGGCCAUGGUCCCGCUUCUGCAGAUCGGGUUGCUUCUCUUCUUCGCCAUCCUCAUGUUCGCCAUCAUUGGCCUCGAGUUCUACAUGGGCAAAUUCCACAAGGCCUGUUUCCCCAACAGCACAGAUACAGAGCCAGUGGGUGAUUUUCCCUGUGGCAAGGAGGCCCCAGCCCGGCUGUGUGAGGGUGACACUGAGUGCCGAGAGUACUGGCCGGGACCCAACUUCGGCAUCACCAACUUCGACAAUAUCCUGUUUGCCAUCUUGACAGUGUUCCAAUGCAUCACCAUGGAGGGCUGGACUGACAUCCUUUACAACACGAAUGAUGCAGCUGGCAACACCUGGAACUGGCUCUACUUCAUCCCUCUCAUCAUCAUCGGCUCCUUCUUCAUGCUCAACCUGGUGUUGGGCGUGCUCUCAGGAGAGUUUGCCAAGGAGCGCGAGAGGGUUGAGAACCGCCGGGCCUUCCUGAAGCUCCGCCGGCAGCAACAGAUUGAGCGAGAGCUCAAUGGGUACCUGGAGUGGAUCUUCAAGGCUGAGGAAGUCAUGCUGGCUGAGGAGGACAAGAAUGCGGAGGAGAAGUCCCCUCUGGAUGUGUUGAAGAGAGCAGCCACCAAGAAGAGCCGGAACGACUUGAUCCACGCCGAAGAGGGCGAGGACCGGUUUGCAGACCUCUGUGCUGUGGGAUCCCCCUUCGCCCGUGCCAGCCUCAAGAGUGGGAAGACAGAGAGUUCAUCAUACUUCCGCAGGAAGGAGAAGAUGUUCCGGUUUUUCAUCCGCCGCAUGGUGAAGGCACAGAGCUUCUACUGGGUGGUGCUGUGUGUGGUGGCCCUGAACACGCUCUGCGUGGCCAUGGUUCACUACAACCAGCCGCAGCGGCUCACCACAGCGCUGUACUUUGCAGAGUUUGUUUUCCUGGGUCUCUUCCUCACAGAGAUGUCCCUGAAGAUGUAUGGCCUGGGGCCCAGAAGCUACUUCCGGUCCUCAUUCAACUGCUUUGACUUUGGGGUCAUUGUGGGGAGCAUCUUUGAAGUGGUCUGGGCUGCUAUCAAGCCGGGAACCUCCUUCGGGAUCAGUGUGCUUCGGGCACUCCGGUUGCUGCGGAUCUUCAAAGUCACAAAGUACUGGAGCUCCCUGCGGAACCUGGUGGUGUCUCUGCUCAAUUCUAUGAAAUCUAUCAUCAGCCUCCUUUUCCUGCUAUUCCUGUUCAUCGUGGUCUUUGCUCUGCUGGGCAUGCAGCUGUUCGGGGGACAGUUCAACUUUCAAGAUGAGACCCCAACAACCAACUUUGACACCUUCCCGGCGGCCAUCCUUACCGUUUUCCAGAUCCUAACAGGAGAGGACUGGAAUGCAGUGAUGUAUCACGGGAUCGAAUCGCAAGGUGGAGUCAGCAAAGGGAUGUUCUCCUCUUUUUAUUUCAUUGUCCUGACGCUGUUUGGAAAUUACACUCUGCUGAAUGUCUUCCUGGCCAUCGCCGUGGACAACCUCGCUAACGCUCAGGAGCUGACCAAGGAUGAAGAGGAGAUGGAAGAAGCAGCCAACCAGAAGCUUGCUCUGCAAAAGGCCAAAGAAGUAGCUGAAGUCAGCCCCAUGUCUGCUGCAAACAUCUCUAUUGCUGCUGCCAGGCCGCAGAACUCGGCCAAAGCACGCUCGGUCUGGGAGCAGCGGGCCAGCCAGCUGCGGCUGCAGAACCUGCGGGCCAGCUGUGAGGCGCUGUACAGCGAGAUGGACCCCGAGGAGCGGCUGCGCUAUGCCACCACGCGCCACCUGCGGCCGGACAUGAAGACGCACCUGGACCGGCCGCUCGUGGUGGAGCUUGCGCGGGAUGGGCCGCGGGGCUCCGCGGGAGGCAAGGCCCGUCCCGAGGGCGCGGAGGCCGGCGAGGACCGGGCCCGGCACAAGGCGCUGCCCGCGCAUGAGGACGCAGAGAAGGAGGCGGCGGAGAAGGAGGGCGAGGUCGAGGACAGGGACAAGGAGAAGGAGCUCCGGAACCAUCAGCCCAAGGAGCCACGCUGUGAUCUGGAGGCCAGCGAGAUCACGGGUGUGGGCCCCGGGCAUGCGUUGCCCAGCACCUGUCUACAGAAAGUGGAGGAGCAGCCAGAAGAUGCAGACAAUCAGCGGAAUGUCACACGGAUGGGCAGUCAACCCUCAGACCUGAGUGCCACUGUGCAAAUCCCAGUGACGCUGACCGGCCCUCCUGGGGAGACCACGGUUGUUCCCAGUGGUAACGUGGACCUGGAAAGUCAAGCUGAGGGGAAGAAGGAGGUGGAAGCCGAUGACGUGAUGAGGAGUGGCCCCCGACCUAUAGUCCCGUACAGCUCCAUGUUCUGUUUAAGCCCCACCAACCUACUCCGCCGCUUCUGCCAUUACAUCGUGACCAUGCGAUACUUUGAGAUGGUCAUUCUCGUGGUCAUUGCCCUGAGCAGCAUUGCCCUGGCGGCCGAGGAUCCUGUGCGGACAGACUCACCCAGGAACAACGCUCUGAAAUACAUGGACUACAUUUUCACAGGUGUCUUUACCUUUGAGAUGGUGAUAAAGAUGAUUGAUUUGGGACUGCUGCUGCACCCUGGGGCCUACUUCCGGGACCUAUGGAAUAUUCUGGACUUCAUCGUGGUCAGUGGGGCCUUGGUGGCCUUUGCCUUCUCAGGAUCCAAAGGGAAAGACAUCAACACCAUCAAGUCCCUAAGAGUCCUGCGCGUCCUGCGGCCCCUCAAGACCAUAAAACGACUGCCUAAGCUCAAGGCUGUGUUUGACUGUGUGGUGAACUCCCUGAAGAACGUCCUCAACAUCCUGGUUGUCUAUAUGCUCUUCAUGUUCAUAUUUGCUGUCAUUGCGGUGCAGCUCUUCAAAGGGAAGUUUUUCUACUGCACGGAUGAGUCCAAGGGGCUGGAGAGGGACUGCCGGGGUCAGUAUUUGGAUUAUGAGAAGGAGGAAGUGGAAGCUCAACCACGGCAGUGGAAGAAAUAUGAUUUUCACUAUGACAACGUGCUCUGGGCUCUGCUGACACUGUUCACAGUAUCCACGGGAGAAGGGUGGCCCAUGGUCCUGAAACACUCUGUGGAUGCCACCUAUGAGGAGCAGGGCCCAAGCCCUGGGUACCGCAUGGAGCUAUCCAUCUUCUAUGUGGUCUACUUUGUGGUCUUCCCCUUCUUCUUUGUCAAUAUCUUUGUGGCCUUGAUUAUCAUCACCUUCCAGGAGCAAGGGGACAAGGUGAUGUCUGAAUGCAGCCUGGAGAAGAACGAGAGGGCUUGCAUCGACUUUGCCAUCAGCGCCAAACCCUUGACACGGUACAUGCCCCAGGACAAGCAGUCGUUCCAGUACAAGACAUGGACAUUUGUGGUCUCUCCGCCCUUUGAGUACUUCAUUAUGGCCAUGAUUGCCCUCAACACAGUGGUGCUGAUGAUGAAGUUCUAUGAUGCACCCUAUGAAUACGAGCUAAUGUUGAAAUGCCUGAACAUUGUGUUCACAUCCAUGUUCUCCAUGGAAUGCGUGCUGAAGAUCAUCGCCUUUGGGGUGCUGAACUAUUUCAGAGAUGCCUGGAAUGUCUUUGACUUUGUCACUGUGUUGGGAAGUAUUACUGAUAUUUUAGUAACAGAGAUUGCGAACAACUUCAUCAACCUCAGCUUCCUACGCCUCUUCCGUGCUGCCCGUCUCAUCAAGUUGCUCCGCCAAGGCUACACCAUCCGCAUCCUGCUGUGGACCUUCGUCCAGUCCUUCAAGGCCCUGCCUUACGUGUGUCUGCUCAUCGCCAUGCUGUUCUUCAUCUACGCCAUCAUUGGUAUGCAGGUUUUUGGAAACAUUGCCCUGGAUGAUGACACCAGCAUCAACCGGCACAACAACUUUCGAACGUUUUUACAAGCCUUGAUGCUGUUGUUCAGGAGUGCCACUGGGGAGGCCUGGCACGAGAUCAUGCUGUCUUGUCUCAGCAACCAGGCCUGUGAUGAGCACGCCAAUGCCAAUGAGUGCGGGAGCGACUUUGCCUACUUUUACUUCGUCUCCUUCAUCUUCCUUUGCUCCUUUCUGAUGUUGAACCUCUUUGUGGCUGUGAUCAUGGACAACUUUGAGUACCUUACACGGGACUCUUCCAUCCUAGGGCCUCACCACCUGGACGAAUUCAUCCGGGUCUGGGCUGAGUACGACCCGGCUGCGUGUGGGCGCAUCAGUUACAAUGACAUGUUUGAGAUGCUGAAACACAUGUCCCCCCCCCUGGGGCUGGGGAAGAAAUGCCCUGCUCGAGUUGCAUACAAGCGCCUGGUUCGCAUGAACAUGCCCAUCUCCAAUGAGGACAUGACUGUCCACUUCACGUCCACGCUGAUGGCCCUCAUUCGGACUGCACUGGAGAUCAAGCUGGCUCCAGCUGGCACGAAGCAGCAUCAGUGUGACGCCGAGUUAAGGAAGGAGAUUUCCUCCGUGUGGGCCAAUCUGCCCCAGAAGACCCUGGAUUUACUGGUGCCACCUCAUAAACCUGACGAGAUGACAGUGGGCAAAGUCUAUGCAGCUCUGAUGAUAUUCGACUUCUACAAACAGAACAAGACCACCAGAGACCAGAUUCACCAGGCCACUGGAGGCCUAUCCCAGAUGGGCCCCGUGUCCCUGUUCCACCCUCUGAAGGCCACCCUGGAGCAGACGCAGCCAGCCGUGCUCCGAGGAGCCCGGGGGUUCCUUCGGCAGAAGAGCUCUGCAUCCCUCAGCAAUGGCGGGGCAGUACAAACCCAAGAAAGUGGCAUCAAGGAGUCUGUUUCCUGGGGCACUCAGAGGACCCAGGAGGUACCCUAUGAGGCAAGGACACCCCUGGAGCGUGGCCACUCUACAGAGAUCCCGGUGGUGCAGCCAGGAAAACCGGCUGUGGAUGUCCAGAUGCAGAGCAUGGCCCUGAGAGGUCCUGAUGGGGAGCCCCAACCUGGGCUGGAGAGUCAGGGACGAGCGGCCUCCAUGCCCCGCCUGGCUGCAGAGACUCAGCCGGCCCCCGACGCCAGCCCCAUGAAGCGCUCCAUCUCCACACUGGCACCCCAGAGGCCCCAUGUGGCUCAUCUCUGCAACGCUGCCCUGGACCGGGCCCCAGCCAGCCAGGCUGUGCCCCACCACCACCACCGCUGCCACCGCCGCAGGGACAGGAAGCAGAAGUCCCUGGAGAAGGGGCCCAGCCUGUCUGCAGACACAGAUGGCGCACCCAGCAGCACUGCGGGGCCGGGGCCACCCCCAGGAGAGGGGCCCGCAGGCUGCCGGCGGGAGCGUAGGCAAGAACGUGGCCGGUCCCAAGAGCGGAGGCAGCCCUCCUCCUCCUCCUCAGAGAAGCAGCGCUUCUACUCCUGUGACCGCUUUGGGGGCCGUGAGCCCCCACAGCCCAAACCCUCUCUCAGCAGCCACCCCACAUCACCGACAGCUGGGCAGGAGCAAGGACCCCCGAGACAGGGUGGUGGUUCAGUGAAUGGGAGUCCCUUGUUGUCAACAUCCGGUGCUAGCACCCCUGGCCGCGGUGGGCGGAGGCAGCUCCCCCAGACUCCGCUGACCCCCCGUCCCAGUGUCACCUACAAGACGGCCAACUCUUCCCCUGUCCACUUUGCUGGGGCUCAGACCAGCCUCCCCACCUUCUCCCCUGGCCGGCUUAGCCGUGGCCUUUCUGAACACAAUGCUCUGCUCCAGAAAGACCCCCUCAGCCAGCCCUUGGCUGCCAGCUCUCGGAUCGGCUCUGACCCUUACCUGGGGCAGCGUCUGGACAGUGAGGACACUGCCCGCACCCAGCCUGAGGACACGCUUACCUUUGAAGAGGCUGUGGCCACCAACUCGGGCCGCUCCUCCCGGACUUCCUAUGUGUCCUCUCUGACCUCCCAGUCCCACCCCCUCCGCCGUGUGCCCAAUGGCUACCACUGCACUCUGGGACUCAGCUCGGGCGGCCGGGUUCGGCACAGCUACCACCACCCCGACCAAGACCACUGGUGCUAGCUAGCUGCACCGCCUCCUCCACGCACCUGCUCAGCGGGCGCGUUCCAGUUGAUGAGUUUUAUCAUCCACGCUGGGCUCCCAGGGACGCUCAGGGGCACCGAUGCAGGGGCAGCAGCCCCUGGGAGGAGGGGCCUCGCCUUUGGGGCCAGCUGGGGGGAGGCCCCGCUGCUCCCCCCAUCCUCUUUCACGCUGGACCAAUUCCUAAAGCCCUUUUGGAGAGGGACGGGGCUCUCUCUAUCCCCUUGUAUGCUGCCUGCCUGGGUCUCAUACCACAGACCCUACACGGGAAGUGGCUGCAUGUGCUGAGUAGGACCCUGACAGUCUGAAUCCUGUGUGAUGAAUCCCAGCAUCUGGGGUGUGUGCCUAGAGCCGUUUUUAGGAGGUCAGAAUUGUAUGGAGACCAUCCUUUAUUCAAGUGUAUGGUACAGAGGAGCCCAGCAUGUUUAAAAGCCUGGCAAGACAAGACAGCUGACGGAAAACAGCAGCAGCCUUGGGAGCCGGCCUUUGGCUCCAUGCAAGUCCUGUCUGUGCCCCCACACACACGCGUGUGGCGUUGCUCUUUGUACCUGGAACAGCAAAUGGACACUAGAAAUACACUCACACACUCUCUGUCCUCUCCCAGAUGCUGUCAACCUUGACAGGGACCAAAUCUGGAAACCAUUCUUGCUGUUGGUUUUGGUUUUUAAUCACGACACCCUUUCCUCUUUUGUCAAUUCCAUAUACUUGACCUAGAAAAAAGAGAAAACCAGAAAAAUGGGGAAGGAAAUAGUAAUAUAACUUAAAGAAAAAAAUUCAACCUGUAGGAAGCUCUCAGCUCUUCAGUGUGUGUGUGUGUGUGUGUGUGUGUGUGUGUGUGUGUGUGUGUGUGGCUUGUGCGAGGCAAUGCUCUUGUGUACAGCCCCGGUGGUCCCCCAGCGACCCCUGGCUCCUGCUGCUCUCGACCAAGUGCCUGACCUCCGAGCCCUCUCGUGCCAGGCUCCUGGGGGCGGUGACGUGAGGCCUGUGCGAAGUGUGGGAGGGGUUUGUGGAAACUGUUCCAAAUACCAACCAAGUAGAAAGCUGCUGUCAGUGGAGAACACUCAUAUAACACCAGGAGGAGGUUGUAGGUGGAAAUAAGGUGACGAUCUCCCCAUUUUCCUUCCACCAGUGGAAGAGUUUCCUGGGAAGCCACAGAGCAGGUUAGAGCGUGUCCUUGUGUGUGGGGUUUUCAGUCUGUUCUACAUCUGAAUCUCAGGGAUGGGAUGCCUGCCAAAAGGGGUAUGAUGUCUGGUGUCAUGAAAGUUUCUUUUCAGAUAAGGCCAGAGAGAGGGAGAGGUGGGGGUGGUGGAGAUGGAACCGUCAGGGCAGGAGCGAGACCCUGUGUCUGAGCAGAUGCAGGCACUUGGCAUGUCCUGACUGAAAUGAGGCCCAAACUCGGAGGAAGUGAUUGGUGAAGGAGAACCUUGGGCACUGUGGCUCAGGUGGGAGUUCCUGAAGCCCAGCACUGUGUGUGGCACAAGGCAUGGGAACACAGGAACCAAAAGAGAAAUCCAACCUCAUGGCUGCUCUCAAAAGGGAAAGACCACAGUUCGGAUGCUGUGCAUAAAACACUGGGAGAUCUUUUGUUUUAUGAAGAAAGGGGACAUUUAGAUGAUUAGAUUCCGGUGCAUCCUCCCUGUUUGGAAAUGUCAGAUGAUCUCUUUGCUGGAUCAUUCGAGUGUUCCCAUUGGCUUUUACCCCACGACUCACCUUCAAGAAACUUGGCCUGUGAUGUGUGUGCCCGUGUCUGUGUGUGGAGAUGUGUCCCAGUGAGUGGAUGUCGUAAACCCAUAGGGCUAUGCAACAAAAGACACACAUUUAAUAGAAAUAAAUCACAUAAGACCGCCACCUGUUCUAGGGUUUCAGCAUGAUUGUGACCAAACCAUUUUAUAGAAUUUCCUUACUGGAAGGCACAACACUCUGAAACUUUAAAAUUACCGAGUAUUUUACUGCAAUAGGAAAUAAUUAACUGGAAUGGAAUCUCAGACUGUGCAUGAGAUCGCUGUGCUCCUGCUGCAAAGCAGAAGGACGUGUAUUUUGAUACUGAUGUUUCAUCUCUGGCCCAUGUUAUUUUGAAUGUAUCCAUUCUGUGCAGAACCACAGCUACUUCCCUGGCCAUGUUGGGUGGAGAAUCACUGUUCUGGCCCCACACAGCCUCACCACUUUGUCUGGAUUCUUCUAGACACUGGAAUUGGUGAAAACUACAGGGAGUGGGGGAGGAGAUACUGUGUCUUGUUUCCCUGACUUUGGGUUUUGUUUCCGUAUCGUCUCUUUUCGGCUAUCCUAUGUUUCCACUGAGAUCUCAUAGUGAGUUGCCAAAUUUGAAAUGCAUUAACCAGUUGUCUGCAUCUGGACCAGUCAAGCAGUGGCUGUAGUUUGAAUAAGUUAU